GCAAGUGAGUUGGAUCAAUCUGGCAAGAAGGCUCAAAACGCCUUCCUAUCACUCUACACAUCUUAUGUCUUUCAUCCACAAAGAACCAACUUCUAAUCUGAUAAAUAAUUAACCACCUCAAGAACGAAGCUGAAUCAUGUUCCGGCUGCUGACCUCCUGCUGGUCUCGGCCAAAGACAACUGAACAGACGCGAAGGAAUGUGACCAUCAUUAUCAUUGGAUUGGACAACUCAGGCAAAACUGUUCUUGUGGAGGCUUUCCAAAGAUUGCUUCCCACUAGGAUGGACAAUUGUAUGAAAUCUGAAUUGACUACACUCUUGCUGGAUGAGUAUGAAGUUUCCAUCUAUGACCUGAAUGGAGACAUGAAGGGCCGAGAAAAUUGGCCGAACUACUACACACAGGCACACGGACUUGUUUUUGUCCUGGAUUCCAGUGACUCAGGACGCAUGCAGGAAGUGAGGAUCAUCUUGACACAUCUCCUGUCUGAUAAAAGAGUGGCAGGGAAACCUAUCCUACUCCUGGCAAACAAACAAGACAAGAAGGACGCCCUCCUACCUUGUGAUAUUAUUGAAUAUCUACUCCUAGAAAGGCUAGUGAAUGAGAACAAGUCCCUGUGCCGAGUGGUACCCUGUUCAGCCAUCAAAAACCUCCAAAGAAGGAAACAUCAGCCCCUCAUUGAAGGUCUACGCUGGCUAUUAGCUGCCAUUGGGGAUAAAUAUGAAGAGCUGUGUACUCGCCAACAGCCACUCACCUCGAGCAUCCCAACCUCCAAGGGCACCAGAGCCUCUGGAGAAAGAUGCUUAUCAGACAGCUUUGCUACCAGGAUGGGAAUGUCCAAAGAAAAAAGACAGCGUCUAGGACAAUGCUCAGUGGAAGCUAGGCCCCUAAAGCCAAUUCUACAGAAAGAAGGUUUAAGAUUAAGGCCUAAAAAGAACAUAUCAGUAACAUUUGCUUUAGAUGAACCCAUGGAGGAAGGUGAAUGUUCUGGCAGAAAUAGAACUCGGAACACUACUGAGCUUUGCUACAAUCAAAGUGAUGAUUUGAAGCACCCAGCUCCAUUUGUCGAUGAUGAUCUUUUUGAAGAACUCAGGGCAAAGAAAAAACUGGAGAAAUGGGACACAGAAGAGAUGUUACUGGAAAAUCCCCGUGAAGAAGCCUUUGGAUCCUGUGGUUAG